AUGAGUGACUCUGUUCGCAAGAAGGAAUUUUUCGACUACGAGAGCCGCGUGCGGAUUGAGAAGCACGCACAACAACUUAACACCAACAACAAGCAGUACAUCUCUAGACAUCCCGAGAUAACAUUGGUCCUACACGACAUACUGCAACACCUGCUCAUUCACAAGCCUGAGGAUCCCCUCGCGGCCAUACAGGAAUAUGCCAUUGACCGCCAGCCACCGGCGCGUAGAGCGCAGCUUCUGAAAAAGGAAGAGUGA